CUAGAAUGGGGAGAGGUCAGUGCUGGUACAUUAUGGGAAGAAGAGGCACCAGCCUGAUUCCUACACUGGCAAUGUCUUAUUUUGUGAAGGAAAAAGCUUCUUCAGGUUUUUUAACUUCCAUCCAAGAUGCCAGCAGACAGCUCCAAGUGGCAAAGAGCAAUCUACUAAGUGUUUAUCAGUCUGGGGAGACAUCUCUUCCUGCUGGGGUUUUGGUUCCAGGAGUGCGCAGAAGGAACACACAGGAAAUUGCAGCUCCUUCACAUGUAGAAGCAACCCUUGUGUAUCAGGAGAAGACACUAAAGCAGCCUUGUAGUGGUGCCCAGCAGAGUCCAAGGUUCCCUCUCAGUAGCAGAUCAGGGUACAGGGACAUAAGGUUGGAGCCUUAUAGUGGACACUAUUGUGGAAGGUAUUCUAGAAAGUUUCCCCAGCAUAAACAGGAUGAGAUCUCUAUAUGGGAUUAUCCAUCUGAAUGGGUCAGAGACAAGCAGCCACAUGGCCCCUCUGGCAUGUAUUCAAGUGCCUCUGUGAAAGGAUAUCCUCCAACCCAGCAAAGGAAUGGGCAGCACGUUGGUGAGCUGGGCAGCCGAGGGGGAGACUUCCCACUGGCUACCUGUGGAUUUCCUCCCAGAGGUGCUUUUCUUAUCCCCAUAAAACUCAGUAAGAACAGAGGUCGACAGUCAGUGCAGAACCCUCCUCCAGACAUCUGCAUCCUCACUCUUGCCAUGAUGAUAGCUGGCAUCCCCACAGUGCCUGUGCCAGGGAUUAAAGAGGAGGAUCUGAUCAGAGCUGCACAGAACUUCAUGACAGAGAAUCCAGAGCAAGGUGUACAGGGGGAGAUAACUCCAAAAAGGACAGGGGAUGCACAGUUCUGGAAGACAGACAGACAGAGGAAGAGACCAGUAGACAGAGGCUUCCAGCCCCCUUCCAUAGCACACUUUGAGAAGUAAAGCCAAGGAGAAAUUCACAAUUCAAAGCAAAAGG